AUGAUAGUCUUUGACGAGUCGGAUACCACCGUGAAGUCACAGCAGCGCGUGGAGGAUCGCGUUCAAGCCCUCCAGAAUGACGGCGAGAACAUACCACCGCCUGCAUAUUCUGGGCCUAGCUCGAAUACAAGCGCACUACACAUCGCGGCGCAUGCAAACGAUUCAUUGCCAUUGCUUAGAGCUGGUUAUGACUAUGCUGCCAAAGAGCCAACGUCGCGGAGAUUCAUGAAGGCAUUUGCGGCCGCGCUCUUGAUAUAUGCUUUCCUUGCCCUCUUUGCGCGCGGCAUAUUUAUGAUAGCACGCUAUGAAGCUCUUUGGAGCAAGAUCAACCACGAUGAGGUUGGAUGGCCGCUGGAGGACGAUGGCAAGUUACUGCGAUGUGUUCGCGGCCGCGAACAAUGGCUUUGGCACGGCGCCGGGGCGCCUUACAGUGCCUCGUUUGAACUUCCACUAUCAGCGGAACAGGUCAUCCUAACGUCUCGUGGACGUCUGUCCAAAGGGCGCGUCCAUAUCAUUCAAGACCCUAGUUGGACGAAGCCAAACACUGCUGCAGUGAACAUUUCUCUUCUCUACCCCUUUGAGGCGUUAUGGGACCGCAUGUCCGUGUGCAUGCUCGACUUGGACGGUGCCUCAGUAGUCGGACUUUAUAUUGAUGAUAAUGAACGCAAACCCAAGACCCCCAACAGAUGGCCAGCAUUGUUCCCGGAUGUGUUCGAGUUCAAUGUGACUAUCCGUCUUCCAAUCUCAGAAGAUCAUACGCCUCUACAUAUUCCUAGCCUUGUGACUAACGUCCCGAAUUUCUCCCAAUUUGUGGACGACUUGGCUGGCAAUGUCACCUUUGGCCUCUUGAAUCUCUGGGGAAGCAAUGGGCCUGUUGCUGCUCAGUCCGUAUCUGCCGGCGAGAUGAGCAUCAUGUCUAGGAACGGGCCCAUCGAGGGCACCUUCUACGCAUCUGAGUUCCUGUCCUUGGUCACAUCCGACUCUCACAUCAAAGCAGACGUACAUAUCACCGCGCACAAUAACAACACGGCCCUCCACAUGAAAACGAGUAACGGCGCUCUGGACUCCAGCGUCAGUCUCGCCUCAGCCUCACCAGGUGCCGCGGGCGACUCUUUCAUCGUCUCUGCGCAGACGUCGAACGCGCCACUCACGCUCGCGUUUCCGCAAUCCCCACUCGACGCGCGGCUUACCCUGCGCGCACGGACAAGCAACGCGCCAGCGGCGGCGAGCCUGCACCGUGCGUACGAGGGUUCGUUCAAACUACGCACGACGAACGGGCGGAUGGCGGUACCAUUUGACCAGAAUGCACACGAUCCGACGGGCAGCGGACGCACUCGCCAGCUGUCCCUAUCGCAGUCGGAGCGACUCGUGACGGGUAGCGUCAGCUGGGGGGAAGCCGACACCCAAACAGGCAGUGUGGAAGUCGAAUCGACGAACGGUCCUGUAACGUUGAAUUUAGUGUAA